AGGAGCAAAGGUUAAUUAAUUAAGGCACACAAUGGAAGAGGAGUCAAAGGAGAAAAAGAAGGACACUAAGGAGGAACCACGUUAUAGAGGAGUGCGGCGGCGGCCGUGGGGGAAGUUCGCGGCCGAGAUUCGGGACCCGGCCCGGCACGGUGCCCGAGUGUGGCUGGGGACAUUUCUCACGGCGGAGGAGGCUGCUAGGGCUUAUGACCGAGCUGCCUAUGAGAUGAGGGGCGCUUUAGCCGUUCUCAAUUUUCCAAAUGAGUAUCCUUCAUGCUCUUCUAUGAACUCAUCUUCAACAUUAGCACCUUCAUCUUCUUCUUCAAAUUCAAUGCUUAAAAGUGAUCAUGGUAAACAAGUUAUUGAGUUCGAGUGCUUGGAUGACAAAUUGUUAGAGGACCUUCUUGAUUGUGAUGACUAUGCCUACGAGAAAGACUUGCCUAAGAACUGAACGGUUUGAUCAAAUUUGAAUGUUAGAUUGAUUUCAAAGCAUACCUAUAGUAGGGUGAAUGUCUUCAUAUAUGAUAUGAUUUCCUUUUAGGCAGCACUUUACUUUGGUGAGUAUGGUUUAUAACUUAAGAAUGACUUUGUUGAACCAUUUAGUUUGAUCGAUGUCUCCAUAUAAAUAGGAAUGAAUGACUUGUUUAUAAAAAUAUACAAGAAAAACUAUCCAUCCUUAUGUUAUAUACUUCAUCCUCCUUAAUUUA